CCGCCGCCGCCGCGCCCCGUCCGCCGAGCGGGGAUGACCCUGUCGGGAGGCGGCAGCGCCAGCGACAUGUCCGGCCCCGCCGUCCCGGCGGCCGAGGAUGUGGAUAUCGACGUGGUGGGCGAGGGCGACGACGGGCCGGGCAAGGACAGCGAGGGCGAGGCCGGCAGCCCCGCCGCCCUGCCGCGCCUGCCGCUGGACGAGGCGGCGGAGCUGGCGCUGCCAGCGGAGGCGGGCGCGGAGAGCGGCAGCAGCGGCAGCGGGAGCCCGGCCGGGACGGCCCCCGGCGGCGCGGCCGAGGGCGGCAAGGGGGGCGGCGAGGAGGGGGCGAGCGGCGGCGGCGGCGCCGGGGCAGCGGGGCAGAGCAAGCCCAAGAGCAGCCUGGUGAAGCCGCCCUACUCGUACAUCGCCCUCAUCACCAUGGCCAUCCUGCAGAGCCCGCAGAAGAAGCUGACGCUCAGCGGCAUCUGCGAGUUCAUCAGCAACCGCUUCCCCUACUACCGGGAGAAGUUCCCCGCCUGGCAGAACAGCAUCCGCCACAACCUCUCCCUCAACGACUGCUUCGUCAAGAUCCCCCGGGAGCCCGGCAACCCGGGCAAGGGCAACUACUGGACGCUGGACCCGCAGUCCGAGGACAUGUUCGACAACGGCAGCUUCCUCCGCCGCAGGAAGCGCUUCAAGCGGCACCAGCAGGAGCACCUGCGGGACCAGACGGCGCUGAUGAUGCAGGGCUUCGGCGCCUACGGCCUGGCCGGACCCUACGGCCGCCCCUACGGGCUGCACCCCGGCGCCUACACGCACCCCGCGGCGGCCGCGGCCGCUCUGCAGUACCCCUACAUCCCCCCGGUGGGGCCCAUGCUGCCGCCCGCCGUGCCGCUGCUGCCGUCCAGCGAGCUCAGCCGCAAAGCCUUCAACUCCCAGCUCAGCCCCAGCCUGCAGCUGCAGCUCAACAGCCUGGGCGCCGCCGGCUCCAUCGUCAAGUCGGAGCCCAGCAGCCGCCCGUCCUUCAGCAUCGAGAACAUCAUCGGCGUCCCUGCCGCCAGCUCGGCCGCCAGCGCACAGACUUUCCUGCGGCCGCCGGUCACGGUGCAGUCGGCCCUCAUGGCCCACCAGCCGCUGGCGCUGGCCAGGACCACUGCGGCCAUCGCCCCCAUCCUCAGCGUGCCUACCAACAUCAUCGCGGGGCAGUUCCUGCAGCCCGCGGCCCCCGCCGCCGCCGUGCAGGCCAAGUGGCCGGCGCAGUAGCCCCGGGCGGCAGCCCCGGGCAGCGCCCCGGGGAGCUCCGGCCGCCCCCUCGGGGCUCCGCGGCCGCCCGGACCCGGAGCAGCAGCGGGCACCGGCCGCCGCCACCGCCGCUUGUACAUAUUUGUAUCAAAAAUCACUGACGUUGCUUUCGGGGUUUUUAUUUUUCUAAAGAGGCGAAAAUGACGGUCGCGAUUAGGAGCUGCGAACUUUCACUUUUUUUGAAGGUUCCGGCGCUCCGAGCGGUUUUAUCCGAAAUAAACGAACAAACGAGGAAAAAAAAAUGUAUAAAAAAGAAAUAAGCGGGGGAAAUUUUAAAUAUUAAACGAACGAACAGAAAAAAAAAAAGAGAAUUUUGGAGAGAAAAAAAAGGAGGAAAAACGCUGUCAUUCUAUUAUAGAAGUCUGUUUAUAUAUGAAUGAAUAUAUGUAUUCUAAAUGUUAUUCCCUUCGUGUUGUACACAACUUUGUAAAUAAAUUUUUAAAAUGCUCUGCC